AUGGCUGAGGUCAAGCUCACCAACAGCGAGCGGAAGAUGGCAGACCUCACGACCCUCGUAAGCCGGCUCGAGCAAGACCUCCACCAAGAACGCGCCGACCAAACUGAGACUCGUGUUAUGUUGGCGCGUGCCGAGUCAUGCGUUGCCGAGCUGUCAAAGACUCUCGACGACUCAGAAUCGCUUCGGAACUCGCUCGCUCUUCAAGCCACGCACCUCGAGCAGGACUUGCAUAAUGCGAAGACAGAGCUCGAAGAGUCAGAAGGGCGCUACCACGUAUUGCAGCAACAGCAGCUCGCGGCCAUGUCGGCCCAUGAGGCCACCAAGGCUCUCAGGAAGCAAAUCGAAGAACUCGAGAGUCGUGUUCUGCGCCGCACAGAACAGAUUGGCGUACACCAGCAUGACAUCAAGAAGCUCGAGAUGAACUUACGCCUUCAGGAGGAACGAGUAACGGAGCUCACUGGUGACGUUGAUGUGCUGGAGACGGAGAAGUUGGCAAUGGUUGAGGACUGCAGGACGACAAGGGAGGAGCGAGAUACAGCACUGAGACGAUGCGAAGCGCUGGAGGAGAACGUCGAGAUGUUGGAGGCGCAAGCUGUCGCGACUGAGGAGCAUCGGUCAACUGAGCUGCAGGCUAUGGUCAGAACUGUCUUCGAUUCCGUCAGCAAGCGAAGGCCGAUCUCGCGAGCGUUGCGAAUUGCCGAGUCGCGGUUUGCUGCACAGGAGCAGCUAUUCGCUGUUCAGCUCCAUCAGGUCGAGGAAGCUGCGUCGCUCUCACGUUUAGAAGUCCAACGCUUUACCCGCGAGCAGAACAGUGCGCUGUACACCCAGUCCCAACAAGCAACCCUGGCUCUUGCGACCGUAUACGCUGGUCUUCGCAAGACGAACGCCUCUCUUGACCUCGUCUGUGGCGCGCGUACCUCGUUGCAUGCACAACUCGAUGCCGUUCGCCAAGACCUCGAGCAGAAGCUCAACGAGCUGUCUGAUCUACACGCGCACCGUGAAGAUGCUGCCGCAGAGGCCUCUGAGACUGAGAAGCGGCACGCAGAACGGAUCCACGAGCUCGAGGAACGGUGCAAAACCUUACGCAACGGAAAUACGGACCUCAAGACCCAGCACGAACAGACUCUUGCUGAGCUCACUGCCACACAAGACCAAGUCCGUCUACAGAUGUCCGAGAGCACAGGUCGCGUGCAGGAGGAAGGCGCGCUCCGCGUACAGCUUGAGGCUAUGCAGCGGAGAUAUCAAGACGAGACGGAUGCGCUCCGGGCUGAGCUCUCCAAGACUAUCGAAGAGCUCGAGACCGCCCAGCUGAAACAGUCCGAGCUGGAGUCGGCGCACCGUCAAACACUUGAUGAUGUCUCCGCUGAAAAGGAAGAACUUCAGGAACGCCUCACCGAGACCCUCGAGAAACUUGUGGCGAGCGAGAAGGCUGUUGUGGAGCUUGGCGACACGGAGGCAAGGCACAUCGCGGAGAUCGACACUCUGACAGAGCGUCUUGAUACCACAGAGAAGGACGUUGACGAAUUGACCAAGGCGAGGGACGAGCUCCUCGCAGAGCACGGGACUACAAGCAAGGAGUUCGACGAAAAGCGUACCGAGGUGGAGGUGCUCCAGCGAGCGAAGGAGGACUUGGAGAUGCAGCUCGAGAAUGUGCAGACGGUGCAUCAAGCGGAGAUGAAGAUACUACAGGAGCGUGUGGAGCUUGCGGCUCGCGAAAGGGCAGAGCUCCAGAGCUCGCUUGCGGAUGUUGAAGUUCGCUUCGACGAGCUGAACAAGGUACGCGACGAGCUAGAGGAGCAGCUCGCCGCGGCAGACACGGAUGUCGAGCGGCUGCGCGUUGAGCUCAAGGCCGAGAGCGAACAGCGGCUGCGCGAGGCCGAGCAGCAUGCGGAAGAGCUUCGGACGGUUAGGGAGCACGGUGACCGGGCGUCGCUUGGACAUGGCGAGCUGCAGCAAGAGCUAGCGUCGUUUGGAGAGCAACUUCAACAGGCGGAUGCUGCGAUUCAGGCCGCCGGCAAGGAGAAGCUGGAGUUGCAGACGCAGAUGACGGAACUCGAAGCUGAGAUACAGCGUGGACUCUCGUUCCAACGGCAUCUAGAGAGUCAGAUUCAGGAUGGGCACAAGCAGACUGCGACGCUCAAAGAGCAAGUCGAUAAAACCCGUGCUGAUUACAUCCGCGCUGAGAAGGAGGCCAAGACGGCGGAGAUCAACCUCUCACUGCAGGCAGUGCAGCACGAAAAAAUUGUCUCCGGUUUGCGCAACGAGAUCGAGACCCUCCAGGAGACGUCAAAGCUUGCGGAAGCUGUCGAGGAGCUUCGCGAGCAGAACCAGGAAAUGGAGAAUCUACUCAAGGCCAAAUGCCUAGAGAUUGAAGAAAACGACGAUCGGUUCAUUGGACUGAUCAAGGAAAAGAAGAAGCUGACAUCCAAAGUUGAAUCUCUUACUCGCAAGAUCAAGUCGCUGCAGGAGAAGCUCUCAUCCGUGAGCCAGGACACGACGCCAAAGGCUAACCCUCUUCCGGCUACGUCCACUUCAGCUGCUCCUGUUGCUUCGACCUCGACACUCCCACCGCUAUUGUCACCACCGACACGAGCUCUGCCUCCUCUGCCACCAAUGGUGGAGAUGCCGGAAAUGUCAGCACAUCCCUUCGCGCCCCAGUUCCAACUGGGAUCCUCGACAAGCUCUCAUCCCGUGCAUGAGCCCUUCCUGCCAUCCCAAUCGUCAUCUUUCCGGCCAUUGCAAGAUGCGUUCCAGCCGCAACAAGAUCACCUACGCGCGUCGGCAUCGACAUCAAGCACCGUGGGUGUGAAGCGUCGUGCACCGAAUGACUUCGAGGACUGCGACGGCGUACCUGCACAAGUUUUCACCGUGGACAGCGUCCCGAGCAGCUCAGAUCCUAUGGGCCAGACGCCAAGAGUAAGGAGAGCCCUCCAGAAUGUGCGCGGGGGCUUCACGCCUAUGCGGCAUACGCGAGCGUCGACACAGCCCCAACCGUCUUCACAUCUCUCGCCGUCACUGACACCGUCUUCGGAGAUGCCGGUUGCAACACCCGCCCAGCCGGGAUCGCCGCCGCGGCAGAAAUCGAGCGCGGCAAUUGCGGACGUUACGAAUAGUCCGCGGUCAAAAGCAGCGCAGAAGGGGAAGCGGAAGUGGCUGGAUGCGCUUCGGGGCGGCUCGACCCAGGCAACGCGGGGUGGGGCAACAGUGAGACCAGGGUUCGACAGGGCGCAGAACGCUGCGCGGUGA